AGUGUGAAAAACUUGAUAAAAGUAGCCAUGCAGUGGACAAGCGAAACAAAUAUAAAACCAAUCUUUUCCUAUCAAAGUAUAUCGUUAAUAUGGUGUUUGAGCGUCCAUUCAACACGGCUCCAAGCCCAUUCAACCAUUUAAACCAAAGCUCAUGCAAAAUUUACAGAUGUCAAGUGAUUGGGCCUGAUGAAACAUGCUGUUGUUCUUGUAAUUCUGACGCUAUAUUUGAAGUGAUGAAAGGCUUGUAUAAUUGUUACAAAAAGAAGAAUUGCUUGAAUUGUAAUUGUAUACUUUGUGGUGAUCAAAAGUUGCAAGGAGGAAUAAAAAUGAAGAAUGAAAGAAUGUCUGAAAAAUUCGCCGGCUUAUUGACAGUGCCAAAAAGAAAAUCCCAAGCCAAAAGAGAUAGUAAAGAUGUUAAGCAUGUUGCUGCUGAUGUUGAUGCUAAGCAUGUUGCUCCGGUUCUUGAAGGCCAGAUGCAAUCAAAAAUAAAAUUAACUGUGAAGCCUCAAGGCGAUCUUGGUUUACCAGUUGAAUCUACAACAAAGGCUACAACAAAGGCAAAUAUUCCACCUUUAGAUGAAAUAACCCCGCCAAAAGAAGAAUUAAUUCAGAAAAAUGAAGAACCCAAAACUACGCAAGGCAACGUAACGCAACAAGAUGUUAAAUUAGCAGAAGCUUUAACACCAUCACAAAGAAAAAAUUUAAAACACAAAGAAAAACUUUUAAGAAACCUUGUAAAGAACGGGUUACCCUUACCUAUUGGUAGAACACCGUCUGAAAAAAAAUUAAUCGAUAUAGUUCGAGUACAAUUAGGUCUUCCACAAGGAAAUGAAACCUUACGGGAAACUGAAGAGAAACCUCCUUCAAAAGCUAGUGUGAUAACGCUAUUGGAAGGAAAGCCACUAAAUAAGGGUGUGAUAAAUGCAGGAGAUUCGAUUCCGGAAGGUGAGAUUUUAUUUAAAAAGGAUCAAAUAAAUAAAAUGGUAGACGAUUCAGUAUCAAAACAUAAGUUAAUGAUAGACAAAAUGAGACAUAGAAAAUCAUCUGGAUUAUUAACACCACUAAAAGGCAAAACCCUUGAACAGAAAGAAAAGAUAUUGAUAGACUUAGUUAAAGCCGGUCUUCCUUUACCAGAACCUAAAACAGCGUCCGAAAAAUAUUUAGUUGACAGAAUUCAAAAUAAAGUAGGCUUGGCACCUCGACGAAAUAUAUCUUCAGUGAGUAUAGCUUUGGAGAAUAUGACUCCAGCAGAAAAAGAAAUAAUAUUGAAACGAUUAAAAGAUGCAGGAUUACCCCUCCCAGAACCCGAAAGAAAGUCAAAAGAUGCAGAUAUAUUGGCACAUAAAAAAUCAAAAGAUGAAGACAUAUUGACACCAUUAGAAGGUUUAUCAAAGGCCGAGAAACAUAAAAUAGUAAAAAGAUUAGCUCAAGAUGGAGUAACCCUACCAGAAGGCAAAACGAUUUCCGAAAAGUCUUUGAUUCGCAACGUUAAGGCAGAACUCGGAAUGCCUCCAACUAAGAAGCGUAGAGAUCAUAAGUCAGUUAUCAUAAAAGCAAAAGCUGAAGGGCUUUUCUCACCAAUAAGUGAUAAACCACAUGAGGAGAAAGUAAGAAUAAUAAGAGGCCUCGCUAAAGCAGAAUUACCUGUACCUAAAGGUAAAACGCCGUCUGAAAAAGAUUUAAUAAAAAGAAUUAAGGAUGAAUUCCAUUGGCUCACUGACGCAAUGCAUUACAAGACGAAGAAAGAAUCAAAAAAUGUUGAGGAAAUAAAGAAACCGCGAAUGAAUAUAACUCAAAAUUAUCAAGCCGUUAUCAAGACAGCAACUUGUGAACGUGGCUGCGGUUGUAACAAAAGGAAUAUCAAAUUGAAAAAUAGUCACACUAAAUUUAGAGUGGCCUUUUCAGAUAUACCGACUUCCUGUGAUCGUCCUUUAGGAUGUAUCCCAGGCGGUAAAAGGGGGUACUUUGUUGACAAUAAGGGAAUUAAAAUUAUUGUUGGUAGUGCUGUAGGUGCUCCAUCGAUGUCUAGAAGAUACAUCAAUCGGAUAAUACAGGAUGGAUUGGCUCCUAAAACGCACAGUAGCAACAUAGACGGAGCUUAUUCAAAAUAUUUUAAUAUCUCUAAAAAUAUUCGCUACAUUGAAAAUUAUUCACGUAAUUAUUGGGGGAAUGGAAGUAAAAAUAUUUUUUUGCCAACUAAUAAUAAUCCGUGUAACAGGCGAGCAAAGAAAGGCGUUGGUCCAAAAGCAAAUAUGAAGCGUCUUCAAAAACCAGCUCAGGUUUGCAAAUAUGUUAAAAACUUGAAAUCUAAAUCAACAGCAGGCAGUUCUGUGUCCAUUUUAGUGAUAAAUAGUGAGGCUUCCUUAAGUUUAGACACAAGUAGCAGUCACAGCAUGGAGACGACUGUGACGUCAGAUUGGAGCAGUGACAUCACUUCCCAUUCUAAGCAUUGUUCCAGCACCCAUUCCUCCGAAGAACUUUUAAGCAUUAGUUCAGUGGAUGGAUCAACAAGCGAAGAGUUGAUCGAUCAACGUGUCAUUAUUGACGAUUCCAAAAGAAAAAUGAAUAUUCGAACAAUCAAUCCACAACUAGAAUAUGCUGUCUUUCGAUUGGCUGAAGAAAAACGUAAUUUUGUUACUAAGACUCCUACAAAGAAAAGGCCAAGUGCAGUAACAGGAAAUAUUGUUCUUUUUAAUCGCUUUUCAAGAAAAUUCGAUAUAUCGAAGCUAUUAGACAAGAUACUUGCAAGGAAACGUUUCACUCAGGCAUCUUCACUAUUCGUAGUGGUACCAACAUCUGACGAAGAUGAAGAAUCCAAUAAAGUUAUCGAUUCCACAAGCAUUUGUUCAGUUGAAACACCAGUGGUAGCGAAUUCUGACACGAUGACGGCGAUCUCCUCCGUGCACGGGCCCCAGGUGGGGUGUGGAAGCGGAAAAAAGUUUUACAUGCAAGAAGUAUUGUCGGCAACAAGAGAUACAGAAAAAGCUGUACAGAAAGAUUCUUUACGAGUCUUAAAAUAUGUUAACAUGGAUAUGAAAAAUAAAUAUUGUCAAUUUGUGAGAACUAAUGACAAUCUUGGAGGGUAUUUAGCAAGUGUGAGAGGUGUAGCAGUGGACACGACACUAGACAGGCCAUGCUGCUGUCUCCCUAAGAUCUCUUCCACUACUUACGUAAUAGAAAGUGCCACCUCAAGAAAUUGUUAUGUUGCUAAUGUAUCAAGACAAGUUAGGCCACUGUUACUGAAAGAUAGAAGACCCAAAUGGUGUCGUUUUACUAAGUCGGGUAACGUACCUAAGACCAAUCCUCCAAUACUUGUGCCUUGCAUUUCAAGCCAUUCGCGGUCCGGUACAACCCACCGGCGUAACCGCAAGAAUCGCCUUAGAUCGUCAUCAGUUUCAAUAAAUGAACGUCUAAACAAAUAUAAUUAUAUACCCGCGCCUUGUGAAUGCAAUUCAAAUGGUUUCGAUUUGAGUUCGUAUCAAACCGCAAAAGUAACUGUAAAUGGUAAUUACAGCGGUAGUUUGGAUAGUAUGCGCGGGAGAAGAUCUAUGCAUCGCAGUUCUAUUCGUAAUACCGGUGGGGGACCGAGUUCCAGCAGCAGUACUAGUGAUGAGAGGAACCAGAGACACAAUAGAACUACGAACCGGAGGCCCAGUGUUACUAUUAAAGAAGACGUAAGGAGAAGUAGUCACCACAGUAACAGUAGAGCUUCAUUUAAACUUGGGGUAAACAAUACUAAAAGAAAGUCCGAGAGUGGUGUGAGCAAAGCGGAGAGAAAAAGUAGUUUAAAAAAGAACACAAGCGGCAGUUUGAGUAAAAUACGUAAAAAAGAUAACGAGUGCUCGAGUUCCGGCGAAAGUACGAGUGGAGAAUCCUCAGGAGGGUCUGCAAACUCGUGUGCUAGUCAAGAAACUCGUCCAACAGAAGACGCAUGUUUUGGUACAGCCAGCAUAUCGGAUUUGCGGCCGUGCCCCGUGCUUGAGUGCCCCCCAAGAACACGUUGUAAAUGUAAAACGGAGCGUGUCAAGUGUAAAUGCUUGCCUAACUGUCAAUGUGGGAUUUUUCCUUACAAAUGUGAGAAAGAAAAACGAAAAUGUGGUUGUGAAGUGAUAAAAGGAAAAAGUUGUGCCUGUGUCGAGCACUACGUGUACGGGGGUCCACGGCCAGGACCAACCUCAUGGACACGCUCUAGGGGAAUGGUCACGGAUUUUAGAGGCCCAGCAAUUUUACACGCGCGUAAAGUUUGUGAGUAUAAGAGAGUCCUAUGUGACGAGGACAUUGAGGCAUGCGAAUGUCCUAAAAUAGUAUGUGACACAAACAAUUUCUUUGCAACUUGUCCCUGCGGCGAACAUACCAAUGCCAUAUCACUCCCCGGUGACGGGCCAAAACCAUCGACUAAAACCGUUGGCGCUUUGACGGAUGUGAUGGGUUCAGAUAUAUUUCGUCUCGAACUAAGAUUUUGUCCCGCGGAACCGACAAUCAAUCCCAAGCAAAAAAAGAAAUGCAAGAUAUUAAAAGGUUGCGUGUGCCAGGACUUACAUGAGAAAGGUGUGACACCGAACACACCGUCAUGUAACGAAGAUUGUACACGUAUGCCGAAACCAGAAAAGAAAAAAAUAUGUAUUAAUAAAAUAAAAAAUACGGAUCCUUGUACGGCUCUUGAAAAACUAAAAGACGUAAAAAGGGAUCCGAAAAAGAAUGUGCGCUGUCAAACUGAUCCCCCUAAGAAGUCAGGGAUAUCAAAUUUCUUUUCACACAUAGGAAAAAAAUCUCAUUCGAAGAAAAACCCUCCAUGUCCUUCAAAGGACAACGUAUCUCAUUCGGAAACAAACUCUCCAUGUUCUUCAAAGGACAACGUAUCUUAUUCGAAGAAUAAGCCCCCAUGUCCUUCAAAUGACAACGUAUCUAAUUCGAAGAAUAAGCCCCCAUGUCCUUCAAAUGACAACGUAUCUAAUUUGAAGAAUAAGCCCCCAUGUCCUUCCAAGGACAACGUAUCUCAUUGGAAGAAAAAGCCUCCAUGUCCUUCAAAGGACAAUGUAAUAGCGGUUGCAGGUUCAAACGAUAGUAUUGUUGCAGUUGUAAAAGAUAGCGGUACUUGUGUUUCCAAUACCCCUGAUCCAUAUGUUCCUGUAAGAAAAAAUGUAAUAAUGUGUAAAUGCAAGCCAUUUUGUAAAUGUGUUGAUUGCACAUCGAAAAAUCCGAGAAAGCCAAAAUACUACGAUGACGAUUAUACUCGCCCAUGUGCGAUACCGGUGCCGAAAAAGCCAUGUGAAUGCAAACCAUAUUGUCGAUGCCUAGCGUGCACAUUGAUGCCAAAGUGCCCGCCAAAAGCAAUUUGUGAAUGUAAAAAAAUGGGUCCACACUCAAAGACGCGUGUCACGUGUAAAUGCAUGCCGAACUGUGAAUGUGGGAUUGUUACAAAAGCUGAAAGAGCUAGUUGUGAGUGUAAAGAAAAACCUGUAUCGUGUGAAUGUAUACAAUGUCUCUGUAGGAAAGGUUCAAAAUCGAAAAAGAAAUCUGUAACGUUGAUUGAUCCGAAGGAUUGCCGGCUCACAUGCGCUAUAGACGAAUCGGAACCUGAACCAGAGCCAGAACCUGAGCCUGAACCAGAACCUGAGCCUGAACCAGUUCAGAUUAUUGAACUCCCAGCUGAAUUUCUUCCCGAGGGUCAAGUUUACGAAACAGUGGGGCCUAGCUGUGCUUGGAUAAAAGACACCGAGGCCCUUUUGAAAAUUAGAUCAGAGUUGACUAUGACAAGUUCAGGGUUCAAAGCAUUCAAAACUAAGCGAUUGCCACGGAUACCACCGGAACCAGAAGUAGAAAUGGAUUUUGCUCAAGCAAUCAGGUAUUUUGCUAACUUGAAUCCAGUAAGAUUUCGGGAGUUGAUGAUACAGGAACGCUACCGGAUGGCACUAGAAGAAAAACAGAGAUUAGAGUAUAUAGAAGAAAUGAAGCUGGAAGCAGAAAGAGUAAAGCUAGAAGCGGAAAAGCGGAGGCUUAGUGCAUUAAAGAGGAAAGAGCAUGACGACAAAAUUAUGAGUUAUAUAGAGAAUUUAGUAGGAGAAAAAAUUUUUAAAAUAAUAAAAUAUUUAAAGGAUUCGUUUUUUACGGAAGAAGAAUUAGAGAAUCUACAGGAUGUCAUUCCAUUAGCAGAUGCUACCUACUCGGAUAUGGGGGCAGAAGCGGACCUAGACCCAGCAUAUUGGUACCCUGAAGGAUUUAAGUUAACAAUUGGCUAUAAUGGUGGUGCAACACCGGGUAAUCCGAAUCCUAAUUGUACUUGAUUUCGGAGAGUUGUAUGUCA